AUGCGGAACCUCUCCUUGGUGGCGUCUGCUUUCCGCACGGACCCUGUUUACCGGUUUUCCCAUUGGCUCUGUGCGCUACCGAAGCGGCCCCCCGGUUGGAACGUCGCGGCAAUGGGGGCCCAGGCGCUGCUCAAGACCCUGCUUUACACCGUCAACUCCCUGCUGCAGCAGCGCAGAUACCGCGCGGCGCUGGCCGUGCUCAAGGGCUUCCGGAACGGAGCGGUCUAUGGAGCAAAGAUCCGUGCCCCCCAUGCUCUGGUGAUGACCUUUCUCUUCAAGAGUGGAAGUUUAAGAGAGAAACUGAAAGCGAUUGCUCAGGCCACAUACACUCAUUCCCGAAACCUGGCGUAUUUUGUGUUCACUUACAAGGGGCUGAUGGCGCUGCAAUCCCGACUACAGGGAAAGAACUUUCAGUUGCACUCCUUCGUGGCAGCCUGUGUUGGGGGCUGGUUAGUGUUUGGUGAAAACAAUCAUAUCAACAGCCAGAUAAACAUGUACCUGCUGUCUCGUAUUCUGUUUGGCUUGUCCCGACUGGCAGUGGAGAAAGGUUAUAUCCCAGAACCCAAGCAGGACCCUUUCCCGAUCUUUGCUGCUGUGACUUGGGGGAUUGUUCUGUGGCUCUUUGAAUAUCAUCGGCACACUCUCCAACCUUCUCUGCAGUCUUCCAUGACUUACCUGUAUGACGACAGUAAUGUAUGGCACGACAUUUCUGACUUCCUCAUUUAUAACAAAAGCAACGCUCAAAAGUAAUUUGCUAAUGCCCAGCGAUCUUUGAAUAAUGGCACAUUCCAGCAACAACAGGGAAAGGAUUUUCUGCUGCCCUUGAUUGACGCACUUUUUAUUAUUAGGAUCUGUCCGACAAAUUUCCCUCUUGUUUCUUGGCCAAAAUGUUGUGAGUAACCUAAUGAUAUUUUCUUGACUCUCUAUUAGCCACACAGGGACUCCAUAGAAACCUGUCCCAGUGCCACAACGAGAGCAAAAUGUUCCUGGAUUAAUUUGAUUUCAAAAAGGCUUUUCUACAAGAGACCUUAUGUUCCCUACAUUGUAAUAGUUAAUUACUUUUAAAGAAUGCACUGAUUUUAAACACAGCUCGAAAGUAAACUGUGACUAUUGUUUAUAUGACACUGAAACAAAAUAUGCAGUAGGGGACUAAUGGAAUGCUUAUGUGCUAGAAAUGCCUCUCACGACCACUGUGUUAGCAGAGGAAAGAAUGCAGUGAUUUCUAGCCAUACCUCUCUAUAUGUUGGGUCUUUUUGUGAGCUGAUAUAUUUAUCUAUCUUCUGCUGUGUCAUGUCAGAAGAAGGUACUGAUUUCUGUGACGUAUUGGAAAUCCAGACUAAACAAGCUGUUUCUUCAGUGAGUUUUCUGUGCAGUUUGCCACCGCGUAGAUAAUAGGAUGUUCACACUUAAAAGCAUUGGGCUUCUUUGGGACAGACAUGGUACGUCAUGCUUUGAAUCCCCAUUUAUACUCAGUCUUUGUCAUUCCUUUGGAUUAUCUAAUGCAGGAUGUUUCAUUAAUUAUUCCCCCUAUUUAAUUACAGCACCUUUUUAUUUCUGUGCCUUGGACUAUGAAUUCCGUACAGUAGAGAAAACUAACCAAAUCCAUUGUAAUAAGAUUUUUACAAGUGAGGGAUUAAAAAGAGGUUGAGCCCAUCGUGUGCAAAUCCAUGGUGUUACUUUUCCCUCCUGUCCCCUGGAAGGAGACUAUAUCCAUGUAAAUUGAAGCUAUCAUUGAUCCCAGCCAAAAGGUUAACAUUUUACAUUGGACCUAUCAAGAACACUCCUUUAAUUGUUCAAACUAAUAGAUCAUAUGCUGAAUACUUGAGUUGGACCGGUGAUCAGUAUUUCAUAUGAUUCAUGCAUUUAUGGUUUGCAAGAGUUAGUGACUAGUUCUGAUAUUUUUCUAUAUAAAAUCUAUCAUUCAAAUAAAAAUCACAAAGUUUCACUUUUUUUUAAAUUUCCCAAAUUACAGGCUAAUUCUUGCUUCUUUAAAAUCACUAUCUUCAUCUACAUAGGGGGCUGAUAUCUUUGCUUUGCUUAUGUUUUGUCAGCAGAAUGCUGCACUUGAAUUGGAAUUAAAGUGUCUUUGAUAAUGUUCAGAGUUCUUAGUGUAGCAAAACAUGCAAUCUUUUUUCUAACUCCUUGUGUGAUGAUAUUUUUGACAAGAUUUCAGAAAAUCUCUUCCGAAUUUAUGACCUGACAGCUAUGGUAUAAUUGACCAAAAUCUUCAGAAAAAAAUUCUCAGGUUUAUAAAUUACCAGUGGUUGCCUCAUUAAUUACAUACACUUGUAUAACAAGACACGAAGACAGCCACCUACGUGAGCUGUGUCGUUAGAAGUCGAUAACUUCUUGAUUCUGUAAGACUUAACUUCUCAGUGUAAAAGCCAUGCUUAUCCCCCCUAAAAAAUGUGAACUAAAUUUCUGUUGGUGAUAAUUAUAUCAGAUCUGAAGCUCUGUAGUUACCUGCCAGACACUUGUAGUUGAGUGUUAAGCUGUUCAGCUGGUCAUUUUUAUGCUCUGACAUUAACUCCAUCUCUUUCAUGACUGCAUAACCAAACUGCUGUCAGUUACAGUUUUAGCAGCAUCCCAGCAGUACCUGCAAAAAUCCCUUCUCCCAAGGAAUCUAUCGCUAAUUUCACUUUCAUGGUAAAUCAUAUCUGAGACUCAAACCAUCUGCAGCUUUGAUUCACAGAGCUAGCUGCUGCCAUCAGAAACCAAACUGGAAUUAUGUAGAACUUGCUACUGUGGUGAAUCAGUGGCCGUUAGCUGUGCUUUUUAAAGACAGUUGUUUUCCUGCUCCGUGUGGGUAGGAUAUUAGGCUGCAAGUCUCUCCCUUUUCCAGGGAAGUAAUUGGAACAAUUCUUCAUUGGUAUCAGCACACAUCACUCUUACUAAAGCCAGCUAGAUGGCGAUGAAGCCCUUAUGCCACUGAUGUGACAGAACAAUACCAGUGUGUAAUUGGGAAGUGAACUAGAAGUAAUUUGUCUGUCUGUUGCAGACUUCUGAAUACAUAUGUUACAUUCAUUCCCCCCACCCUCACCCCACUGUAUUGUCUGGGGAGUUCAGUCUUCUGUUUGUGUUCUUCCUUUUAUUAGCAUUAAAACCAAACAGCAAUAAGGAGAUAGUUGUGAAACCAUCUGCAAAACAGCCAGCCACCCAAGAAUGAGAAAGAGAGACCCUGUUUUUCCAGUCCUGAUCUCUGUAAAUCAAAAUACAUGAAAACAAUUCAUGUUUAUCACAACCCAAAGUUGGAUUGUUGCUUCUAACCAGGGGCAAAAUUAUGUGAGGCACUUACCACCUCAUUCACCAUGAUGUCAGGGAAGGCUCAGCACUGUGUGGGAUGAGACCUUGGUUUGCUCGAACUCCCUUGCAAACAAAGCAGGUGGGUGUAUCUCUGGGAUAUCAAUGUGCAGAACAAAGAGACAGAAGCCAGAGGACAUUUUAAAUGUGAUACUUGAACACUUUUCAAAGUUGGCUCAAAUCUUCUUCCCCAAAUUGGUUCAAACCAUAAAGAAAACUAAACAUCUGAGCCAUCUAAAUGCUCAGGAAAACCAAAUAUCCUAACAGUACGUGAUUUAACAAUGUUUUCACAGAUCAAGCUUUCUGUGAAGAAUGCUUCCAUUGACCUAGUUACUGUUGCAGAGGGAGGUAGUGUUCCUACACCGAUGGGAAAAAUCCCUUCCACAUGAGUAUAGGCUGUGUCUACACUAUGAGGUUAUGCCAGAAUAAUUACAGUCCUGGGGUUAUGCCAAUAUAACCCCAUAAUGUAGACGUGGCGUUAAUAUUGCAGAGGGAUGUCUUCAGGGUUUGUAUAUGCGAGUAGGGGAGCAAUCUAAAUGGAUUCAGGAUAUUUCAGUGACUUUAUGCCACUGACAACAUAUCUGGUCCUUGGAUAGUACAGUACCUAGGGCAGAAGGGCGUUUCUGAAGGGGAAGAUCUCUGCUUGUCAGUUGUCACUUUAGAUCUUGCCACUUUAGAGGCAGGAGAGAAUUCUGAGAAGUGCUUACAAACAUUGCAAUUGUUGUAACGUGCUGUGUGCAUAGCAUGUUGAUAUACUAACUACUAACUAGCAUGAGUAUCUAUCCAAUUACUAAACAUAUACAUAAAGAGCCGGAUCUUCUGGAAUGGCCAAAGAGCACAGGUCAGAGGGUGGUGUGGAAAGGAGGCCUGGUCGUAGCGCUGUAUGAAUUUCUAUCCCCUAGCCCUCUGUGUUAGAGCAGACCUUAAACUGCUCUAACAAACUCGAGCCUUGUUGCAGUGGCCACAAGAGGCCAAAAACAGAGCCCAGAAUCAGCAGCCAUGUUCCCUUUUCUCCAGCCACAGCCCUCCAUCAACUCUACACUACCUGAGAAUCACCCCUACACUCAAGUGAUCCUUCUGGGCCAAGUAAGCCACCCUCGUGGGAGGCUUACACUGGUAAUGCAGGCAAAAAUAGCCACGUAGCGGGCUGGGGCUGGGCCCUGAAAACUGGUGAUAUGGGUGAGUCUCAGAGACAGGGCUCCAGCCCGAGCAGGAACAUCUACACUGCUAUUUUUAACCCUGUAGCACACACCGGAGUCAGUUGACACAGGCACUGAGACACACUGGGGUCUUUGCAGUGUAGACAUGCCCUAAAUGACCCAGAGUGUAAUAUUGGUCAGCUUCUGACAAUCUCCUAAAAAAGGUGGUAAAUACAAGUUCUGCCAGGGGAAGCAGCUGGGAAAGCCACCUCCCAAACUGAUGUAGUAGUUCCAGCAAAAUAGGACUGUGACAGCUCCGCACAAUCCAUAUGAUAAUCCAGUUAGCUAGAGAACACGUUAGCAAGCCACUGAAACCAGAGUGUAGAGCAGCAACCUAAAUAAUAAUUGUGUUUGUAGGACAUCUGUACUCCAAUGCCUUUGAGGCAUUUUGCACAAAGAAACCCUCGAACAUAAGUGAAACUUCUUUUUUUUUUUUUUCUGUAUUCGUGACGUUGUGGCAAGAGCUUUGGUAAAUAGCAUUGUAAAGCUUAGUUUAAAGGGGGCUCAGCUGGGAACAUUGAGAAUAAAUAGCCUGCUAAACCAGGA